AGUUGUUAGUCAGUUAGUAUUCAGUGUGAACACGAUUGUGCUUAAGAAUUGUAGAAUUUAGAAAUAUAAAUAGUUAAAUAAUAUUAUAAUGAAAGGAGUUUUAUAUACAACUUUCAUCGGUAUAACGCUCUUUGCUGUAUUAUUACCCUUGGGCUAUGCAGAUGAAAAUGACGCAUCCAAGAACGAAACCAAACAUGCACAGACAAAGGUGGACAUAUUGAAGAGUGAAUUAUGCAAAAAGUGUGUUUGCGAUGCCGAUGUUAAACAAAUUGAUUGCUCAAAUAAACUCACCGAAUGGUUUUCGGACACCGAAUGGGGAGUCCUACAAAAUGGAGAUAUUGUUUUUGAGAUCAUCAAUAUGGAACAUAAUAAUUUAACGGCAAUACCUGCAUUACCCACAUACGAUGUGCAGCAUUUGUAUUUGGGUCAUAAUCAAAUUACAUCGAUUACGUUGGGAGCUUUUCGAAAUUUAACAAAGCUUACCACACUUGAUUUAUCAUAUAACCAAUUGUCCUCAAAGGCAUUGGACCCCGAUGUUUUUCAAGGAAUAUAUUCAAAAAAUGAUUUUGAACCAAUGAAAAACCUAAAACAACUAAACUUGGGAUAUAAUCUCUUGCAUUCCCUGAACGAUGAUUUGUUUGAACAUCUUCCAAAUCUGGAAGAGCUUGUUUUGUGUUCCAAUACUUUUCAAAUCAUCGAUAAACUAACGGAAACGGCACUCUCGGGAUUGUCUGCAUUGAAGGUUUUGGAUAUAUCAUAUAUGGAGCUGAAAACAUUGCCGGAAACAAUUUUUCAUGGUCCGCGAGAUCUGGAAACUCUUAUUGUAUCGGGAAAUUUAUUUUUCGAAUUGCCCAACGCAUUGUCGUACGCAAAGAACUUAAAGCAUCUUAACUUAGACGACAAUCCCAUUAAAAAUUUGGAGGGAGCAAAUGUUUUUCCCGCAAUGGCUUACUUGCAAUAUCUGAGCAUGUCUUAUAUGCUUGACCUUCGCAAAAUUGGACCCGGUGCACUGAAAGAGCUACAGAAUCUAACAGUCCUAGUUUUGAGCGACAACAAAAUGCUAAGUGAAAUCGAUGAACUUGCUAUGGCAAAGAAUAUUACUGGAGACGUUUUGGAUUAUCCCCCGCUUGAAAAGCUAUAUUUGAAUAACUGCAAUCUUACGAGAAUACCCAGAAGUCUUAUUGUCCGCUGGGAUAAGUUGAGCACGUUAGAUUUUCGCUUUAACCCAUGGACGUGCGAUAACUCCAAUGAAUACCUGAUAAAGCACUUGAUUCAAAGAGUGAAUAACACCACCCCAAUUUUGGCAUCGAAUGUUCGAUGUGCUCUGCCAAAGGAGAUGAAAGGUGUCGAACUUUUGACGCUGGCAAAAGCUGACUUGGCAAAUGCUUCACCUGGUGGCAGUCUCGCCUGGAUUUUCAUUAUAGUUUGCGCUCUUCUUGCAGUACCCUUGGGCGUGGCUGGAUUUGUUCUAUAUAAACGUGGAGGUUGUCGCAGGCAUAAGAGGACUGAUGCAGCCUUAUACAGUCGAGCCAGUUUUAACGAGGAUUUCCAUAUAUAAUUCAGUCAUUCAACGUACGUUAAAUGCACAUGUAUAUAAAAAAAAUUAUUUAAUUUACAAUUUCAAAUGUAAUAAUAAUGUAAUAAUGUAAAAAGAAAAUAAAAAUAUAUUUAGUAUAAGAAUUUUAUUUUAUUUUUUUUUGUAUUUUUAAUAAACUUUAUUUUUGGUUUUAUUUUUUCAAUAUCUUUAUACUUUUAAAAAGUAAUUUUAUAUUUUGUUCGUACAUUAACAAGCACAUACACACCAUAACAUACUAUUAUGAGUUCAAGUUAUUAUAUCGAGAGAUUUCACAAAUAAAGUAGUGUCUAAUUAUGUAUGUAGAUACAAAAAUAUGUUGACAGAACGAUUGAAGAUUAUUGACUAACUUAAUUUGCAAAAUAAAUACAUAUUGUAUGUAAGGUAAUAGCUUUACAGGUCUUUUUAGUUACAUUUGAUUUUUGUUUGUUUACUACUUGACUACCAAUAAAAUCAACAACGAUGUCUAUGCACUUGAUAAACUCUG